ACGGUCGAAUACAAACCCCUUCGCUACGAUUUCAGGCCGAUAUGUUCGGGAUAAAUACGAGAACACGAACUGGCUUCCUCCAACAGGCCUGUGAUGGCGUCCCCUGAUAUCAAAGACCCGACAGACAUCGAAUGAUGAUCGCUGAUCGCAAAAAUGAGUUAGCGUUGCGAACUGCUCGGUAGACCCACUGCCGGUUCGAUGACGCAGUCGGCUUUCACAGGCUUCGCGACCUCCGAGGCUGUGGUUGAUCUUCCUACUCAACACUCGUGCCAGGGCAAUUAUUCAGAUCCGUUGAGCUCGAGUCUAGAAUAUAAGCACGUCGAUCUCCUGCAUCUGUCCUUGGGCUUGCAUUGCUACCUACAACUUCUAAGUGUCCGAAAUCGGUACAUACUCGCUAGUGGCAAGACUUUGCGACUCGCAUCACAACCUCAACCCCCGGAAAUCACAACCUGAGCUAUAUCAAAUCACCCAUCAAAAUGGCCGACGCAAACAAAGGCGCAAAGAUCACCCUCUACUGGCUUGAGAAGUCGCGCUCGCAGCGCAUCCUCUGGCUCCUCGAGGAACUCGGCGUCUCGUACGAGCUGAAGACAUUCAAGCGCGGCGCAGACAUGCUCGCGCCGCCCGAGCUCAAGAAGAUCCACCCGCUCGGCAAAUCGCCCGUCAUCACGAUCGAGACCGAACACUCCGACAAGCCGCUGUUGCUGGCCGAGUCCGGCGCCAUCUCCGAGUACCUGUGUGACCACUUCGGCAACGGCAACCUGGUGCCGCAGCGCUACCAGGACGGCAAGGAGGGCCAGGUCGGCGCCGAGAGCGAGGAGUGGAUGCGGUAUCGGUAUUUCAUGCACUAUGCGGAGGGCUCGCUGAUGCCGUUUUUGGUGUUUAAGUUGGUUAUGGAUACUGUCAAAAACGCCCCCGGCAUGCCCUUCUUCAUCAAGCCGAUUCCGCGCCUCGUCGCGUCCAAGGUCGAAGAGCUCUUCGUGUACCCCAACGUCUUCGCCAACUUCAAUUUCCUAGAAGAGCGGCUGAAGACGGCUCCCGACGGCGGUCCCUUCCUCUGCGGAAAACAGCUCACCGCCGCCGACAUCAUGAUGAGUUUCCCCGUCAUCGCGGCCUCCGGCAGGGUGCCGCUCAAAGACCAGUACCCGAAGUUGCAGGAGUAUGUGGACCGGCUGCAGCAGGAGGAGGGAUAUAAGAAGGCGGUCGAGAAGGUGAUCGAGGUGGAGGGGAAGUUUGAUGCUUCGCUGUGAUGGGUGAUGUCUUAAUGCCGUGUUAUAAUGUUUUUAUGCCUGGUUCGAUUAAUCAAUAUUAC